CCGCCAGAGCACAGUAGUGCCGCAGCGUGUCGCUUCAUGUUGUUGACGGUUGCUGUGCUACGCGGAGCUUUUCUAUCGAUGCACUCCACCUGAUGUGACAUUUCCACGGCACCGCACGACAUAUUUGAAGCAAUGAGAGCCAUAGUGGGGCUGGUACACUACGUGGGACUUUAUGUUCAACUUAACGUAGCUCUCAUUGUUGGACACGUUGAGCUGGAUAAUCAUUUAUCUGGAAAUGCUCUUUUUACAGAGGUACCUCACGACGUCACGACACGGAGCGGUGAAGAUGUAGAGAUGGCAUGCUCUUUCCGCGGGGCCGGUUCUCCUUCCUCCUUGGAGAUCCAGUGGUGGUACGUCAAGGACCACAGAGACUGGCGUGAGAAGCCUGCACAGAUCACAAAUGAUGUUGUACCUCUGGAGGAGACGUUCAAAGACGCCACUAAAAUUAGUGUCGUGAAAGUGGCCGGCAGUAACAUUUCUCACAAGCUGUGCCUGUCGAGCGUCAAACCGUCAGAUGAGGGCACGUACGAGUGCCGCGUCAUCGACUUCAGUGGCUCCGAGGUGCAGCACCAUCGCGUUCGCGCCCACCUCCACGUGGAGCCCGGUCAAGGGUCAGACAUCCGAUUCCCUGGAUCGGGGCAUCGGUCAGAUAGAGACGCGGUCCACCGACACGAGCACAACCGCCAUCAUCGGAAACAGGAAGCCGAAGACGACUGACCGCUCUAUGUAAGAGGAAGAAGUCUGCUAGUUAGUGUGCAUGUUCAUGACUGAGGAGGAGAGGCCAUCAUCAUCACUGUGAGGUGAGGCAGUGCCCACUACUGCUCUUUGUACUUCACCAUUUGUUUGUACAGUAUGUGCUACUGUAUGUGCUUUGUAGAGUCCAGGAAAGGACACAUUUUUAUUAACCGUGCACAUGGGUGUAGCCAUGCAUUGUUUUUAAAGUGACGGGAUGUGUUGUUACUCUACACGGGCAGGGCGAUGUACAAUAAAUAUUAAUGAUGAUAAUUAUACUCCCUGAAAUGAGAUGAAAGGGGCCCUAUCAUGCUCAUUUCAGGGGCUUUUAAGAUGACAUUGGAUCCCAAUGGGGCACUUGAGUAAGUUUCUUUUAACAAAAUACUCCAUAAAUCUCAAGUGGUGUACAAGCUAAAUCUGCAUUCUUCUUCUCUUGGCCGAAACUCUCGAAUUCUGCAGCCUGGUCCCCGGCCACUCCUACUCUGUGAUGAUUGUUCAGGGGUUGAGAGUCGGCACCAGCCCGCCGCCACCGCUGAGAGCUGCAUAGACACGCCACCCUCAAAUCGGUUACGUGCUAAUGAUUCGCAGCAAACAGUACAGAAAAAUUGGAUAUAAUUGGAUGGAGGAGCAGUGACCAUGAGGUACAGUAGGUCUUUAGCUCCCCAGAAAACAAAAUAUCUUCCCAUUGCUGCCUUACUUUUCACGAAAAAGUGACAAAUGGCAAGUUGUCAUACAUAGACUUCGUAAAGUUGUGACAUGAGAAUUUCGGUCAUGGGGGGAAUCUUGUGACGUUGACGUGCCCAACCGUUUUAGGAGCGGCAUAAAAACACACGAACGUCAUGACACUUCAACAUUUUAAACAUGUACAGUAGAUAUGUCUGAAAAGUUAAAUAUAUAGAAUAGGGCCCCUUAAAAGUGAGUCAAUUUAGGGUCAUUAUUUGAUUUUACAUUUCCCAUACAAAUUUGGCGGUAAAGUAUAUGUAGUAUGGAAAUCUGAUGGAUAGAUAAAUGUAUUAAAAAGAGCAACAAAUAGCUGACACUGUAUCUACCAAUGCUGCAGGGCUUCCAAGCUUUUUAGAGCUCGCCUAGGAUAUUUGUCAAAAUGUAUGUGUUGUGAUAUUAUAUCUCUUUGUUUUCAAAGCAUUUUGUCCAUGUCAAUACAAUAAAAAACACU